GUCCAGGGCAGGCUUGAGGCAUGGAGGCUGUAGGUCAAACCUAUUGUUUGUACUAUCCAUGAUCUGUAAAUUAAGUGUUGGCAAUUCAUCACUUUUAAUGGGCCUCAAAAUACCUUACAAAAUGGAUAUAUAGAUUGACCGGUUGAGUUAAUUACUUAAUGUUAUUAGAACAGUGGGAGACCUCCUCAGAACCUACAUGAAACAGUUACCAGCCAUGCUAGAAUACAUGUUUCAGAAAGCAUAGAGGGGUCUUAAAUACAAUCCUCUGGCGGCACUCAUUCUACUAACUCUAUAGUUACCCCAGCAAAAACAAGAGAAUUCUACACUCAAAAUCUCAUUCCGGGAUCUAUAAAAACAAUUUCCUUGAACGAUUCCCAUUACGAAUCAUCCCAGUACCGAGCAGGGCACCGUUUCUGUAUCGCAUUGCGCUUAAUGGAAACAACAUUAAGAAGCUUGAGCUGUGUUGUAGAGCACUGCUUUCUGAUCUUAAUGCACCGACAGUGUGGCUAACGUACAGUGCUAUUCCCUUAAUUAUUCAGCAGAAGGGCACUUUAGGGAGAUCGAUACAGCCAGGGGAGAGAGAAAGCAACUCCAUAUAGUGAACCACACACCAGCCUCCACCUCCUUCUCCUUCUCCUCUCCUGCCACUGCUGCUGUGUGUGUGUAAUUUGCUUACCUCCCCCCAGGACCACACCUCGCCUGCUUUGAAUACAAGCUUGUAAAUCCUUUCUCUUUAUUUGCCUGCGAGGUUGCAGUCGGGCAGUGGCAGCGUAACGACUGAAGAAGGGGGCGCACAAAGUUUAGAGCGUGCAAACACAUUCAGAUAUCCCAAGUGCAAGACUGGAGCUCGUCAGACUGCUGUAUUAGUUGCUGGGUAGCCUGCUGGAUUGCUGGGGAUCCUGGUCCCAGGGAACGCACUGGGGGUUUGUGGAAGAGACGCGGUUUUGGAAUCCAGACUUGAGGUAGUGUGGUUUUAGCUUGUUUUGUCUUUUUAUAUUGCUACUCCCGCUUUGCCCGUCACUUCCCAUGCACUCCAGCACAGUUUAACACAUAAACCUGAAGCUUUGUCUUUGUACCAGAGAAUUGAAAUGUACCAAAAAAAAUAAUGGAUUUGGCAUACAGCAAACUUUCAGAGGAUGGCUUUGUUGCUGUUUAUUUCGCCUGAUCUCCCCCUCCUCCCUCUUCCUUUUCCAUUCUUUUAAAGGCAGGACAAUCUGCCAAAUGUUUCAAGAUUUCUCAUCUGUGUAUUUUUAAUCCCCCUUCUUUAAUGUUCACAGAGACUGUACCACUCCAGAAAUAUAUCAAGGCAAUGCUUCUGUGCUGAGAGAAAGGUGGGCCAACGGAAUGAUGCCACCAUUGGCAGAAUGGUACCACUAUCAGUGGCAACAUGUUUAUAUAGAGAAACUCCAUUGGCUUCACAAUGAUCUAUAAACCCAUAUUGCUGCCAGACAGACUGUGCGCUACUGUAUCAGGGUCUCCGUAGUGUUGGAUCCCAAUCCAUUGCCUUGCUAGUAUUGCCGUGGUCUGCUGGUGAUUCUGGUCUUGGGGGGUUUUUCAGGGUAAUACAUCAGGGUUAUAAUGGGAGUUUUGAAACGUUUCUGUAUACAGAUUAGUGUAAAUUAUAAACUGCAGCACCAUAUUGUGUCUUUGAUAAAGGACAGCGAGAAUAAUCCAGUGUAGCUUGCUGUGUCAUUGCCCAUCUGAUACAAAGUGUCCGAUACAAACCAAAGAAAUUUCAGACGGCUGUACCUCAUCAAAACCAGCCUCCGGCUGUAUUAUUAGUGGAGCUGGGCGCACGCAUGUCGCACUUUGCCAGAUAUCUAGAAGAGCGCCUGUCCAGUCCUCAUGAAACUUACUCUGCACUUGGCUCUUAGAUUUCUGUAUGCAUCAAAAGACAUGCUGGUCUAAUUGUCACAAUGCUAGUGUUGAAGUGAACAAACCCACAUUUAUAUGGUAAAGUGCAAUUGUUUUUUACUGAUGUUUAUCACACUCCACCCCCCCCCCCCAAAAUUCCAUCCGCUGUACAUCGUUACCAGUGUUUAUCAGCAUGUUUGUUGCUAUGAAGAUGUAUUUGAUGUGGUUAAAGAUGAUUGCCUUUUGUUUUUCAUUCUAUAGCCCUGGUUGCUUUCCGACAUUGCAUGCAAAUAUUGCUUGUAACAUGAACCAGAUCUUUGCACACAUCCAGCCCCUUCACGUGUCCAAAUAGUCAGUCAUGUGAUUUUGUGGACACUGUGUCAUCACCUUUGAUCCAAAACCAAUCCUUUUUUGGUCAUUGCUAGACUGCCGCAUCACAAAUUGGGGUCCCUUACGCAUGGAUUGUGUCCGUCCGUCCACCUGUCCCUCUGCGCUUGCUGAACACGAACUGCCUUGUUUUUUUUUAAUCUUUCAUACACUCCUAGCCUCCAGCAGAUGUUUCGGAUUGCAUUUGUCUUUAAACCGAUAAACUCUUGAUUUUUAAACUUAGUUUAACAUUUCCGGCACUGUGCUAUUUUUAUGCGAUUAUGAGGAUCCUCUGUGUGUGUGUGUGUGCGCGCACGCUGGUUUGAGUCUCCACAAACUGGAUAUAAUUAGAUUUCAUCAAUAUUGGCCAAAUGUUGUUGUUUUAGUUAGCGAACUGUAAUGUAGAAAUGACUAAUGCAUAUUGAUCAUAAGUCAAACUGUGUGAGCGGUGGAUGGCAGUGUGUUUUAAGGGAUGGGCUUGCGUCUGUACAGUAAUGAGUGUGCAUUUCUGCAGCUGCUGGUUGCAGUGUACUGUGUACUGGGCGUGUUUCACGCUGCUGCAAACCUCCACUGUCCCGCAGUCUUACUCUGAAACGCACAAUCCCUCAGUGUCUCUUCACUCUUCCACAGACUGGUGCGCAUUCUGUUUGAUCAGGGAAAUCAGACUAUAUCUGUUCCUGGUUUUACUGUGCAUUUGAGAUGGUUUGAGCUUGUUACCUGUACACCAUGGCACAGUGCUGUGCAGCAAGAGUCUGAUUUCACUCCCUGUCACCACACCUUAACCAAUUUGCCUCAACUUUCUUUAUUUACCUUCCCUCAAAGGCGGGUUUUAGCUGCAGAUUUCUAGUUUCAUCGCUAAAGGCUUCACUUUUCGGUCGUUGCCAUGGCGGUCGCAUUCAAAGCCAUAAACAACACUCCCGGAAUCAUUAUCUGGAGAAUCGAGAAAAUGGAUCUCGUCCCAGUGCCACAGAAGGCGUACGGGAGCUUUUUUGAAGGCGACUGCUACAUUCUGCUCUCUACAAUGAAGUCAGGCAACUCUUUCACCUAUGAUAUUCACUACUGGAUCGGUCUGGAGUCCAGUCUGGAUGAGCAGGGCUCUGCUGCCAUCUACACCACGCAGCUGGACGAUCACCUGGGGGGCAGCCCGGUGCAGCACAGGGAGGUCCAGGGACACGAGUCGGACUGCUUCCGAGGCUACUUCAAGCAGGGCAUCAUCUACAAGAAGGGGGGCGUUGCCUCAGGGAUGAAGCACGUGGAGACAAACAGCUACGACGUGAAGAGGCUGCUGCACGUGAAGGGGAAGAGGAACGUCACGGCCAAGGAGGUGGAGAUGUCCUGGUCAAGCUUCAACCUGGGGGACGUCUUCCUGCUGGACAUUGGGAAAGCCAUCAUCCAGUGGAAUGGACCGGAGAGCAACAGACAGGAGCGGCUCAAGGGGAUGCAGCUGGCCAAGGAUAUCCGAGACAGGGAGCGCGGGGGCCGGGCGGAGAUCAGAGUGGUGGAGGGAGAUGAAGAGGGGAAGUCUGCCGAGCUUAUGGCCGCCCUGAACAGCGUUCUGGGGCAGCGUGCUGGAACUUUACCCCCAGGCACUUCAGACGAACAGGCUGACCAGCAACAGAAAGCCAACGUCACACUCUACCAUGUUUCGGACGCCGACGGUCAGAUGAAGGUCACAGUGGUCGCUGCCAGGCCACUGGUCCAGGAUCUGCUGAAUCAUGAUGACUGCUACAUCCUGGACCAGGGAGGAGUUAAAAUCUUUGUGUGGAAAGGAAAACGAGCCACUAAAGAGGAGAAGCUGACUGCCAUGAGACGAGCUCUGGAGUUCAUUAAGCUGAAAGGCUACCCGCGCACCACCAACGUGGAGGCCGUGAACGAUGAGGCCGAGUCCGCCUUGUUCAAACAGCUCUUCCAGAAGUGGACAGUGAAGGACCAGGCUGCAGGCUUAGGGAAGACUUACAACGUCGGCAAAGUGGCUAAAAUCAGCCAGGAGAAGUUUGACGCGAGUCUCAUGCACUCAAAGCCGGAGGUAGCAGCCCAGGAGAGGAUGGUGGAUGAUGGGACGGGCAAGGUUGAGGUGUGGCGGAUUGAGAAUCUGGAGCUGGUGCUGGUGGAGCCCCAGUGGCAUGGUUUUUUUUACGGAGGAGACUGUUACCUGGUGCUGUACACCUACGAGGUGAACCGCAAGAAGCACUACCUGCUGUACAUCUGGCAGGGUCGCCACGCCACUCAGGACGAGCUGGCAGCCUCCGCCUUCCAGGCGGUCGCUCUUGACCAGCAGUACGGAGACGAGCCGGUCCAGGUGCGAAUCACUAUGGGCAAGGAGCCGCGACACUUCAUGUCCAUGUUCAAGGGAAAGAUGGUCAUCUUCGAGGGCGGCAGCUCUCGGAAGGGUAACAAGGCCCCCGAGCCCCCAGUGCGGCUCUUCCAGGUGAAGGGGACCGAGCCGUCCAACACCAAGGCCAUCGAGGUGCCAGCCUUCUCUGCCUCGCUCAACUCCAACGACGUCUUCAUGCUGAAACACCAGGCGGGCUGCUUCGUGUGGUGCGGCAAGGGCUCCAGUGGUGACGAGAGGCAGAUGGCGAAGCAGAUCGCCAGUGUGAUCUCGAAGGGGGCGCAGGAGACCAUCGCCGAGGGCAUGGAGCCUAUGGAAUUCUGGGACCUCCUCGGAGGGAGAGCACCCUACGCCAACGACAAAAGAUUGCAACAGGUGGAGCCUGACCACCAGCCCCGCCUCUUUGAGUGCUCCAAUAAGACCGGCCGCUUCAUCGUUACCGAGGUGACGCAGUUCACCCAGGAUGACCUCAGCGAGGACGAUGUCAUGCUCUUGGACACCUGGGACCAGAUCUUCCUAUGGAUCGGACAGGAGGCGAACGACGUGGAGAAGAAGGCGGCUCUGGUCACCUCUCAGGAGUACCUGAGCACCCACCCCAGCGGCCGGGACCCGGAGACCCCCAUCCUCAUACUCAAGCAGGGCUUCGAGCCCCCCACCUUCACAGGCUGGUUCCUGGCCUGGGACCCCCAGAAGUGGAGCGGAGGAAAAUCCUACGAACAGCUGAAGAGCGAGCUGGGAGAUGCAGCCUCGAUUACCCAGCUCACUUCAGACAUGAGCAAAUCCUCCGUCGCUCCUGCCCCCAGCUCCUAUAAGUGCUACCCCCGCGAGAAGCUGGUCAACCGGCAGAAACACGAGCUGCCUGAGGAUGUCGACCCCGCCUGCAAGGAGAAGUACCUCUCGGACCAGGACUUCGCUGGUGUCUUCGGGCUCUCCCGUGGCGAGUUCUCUGCCAUGCCCGGCUGGAAGCAGAUCACCCUGAAGAAAAAGCACGGACUGUUUUAACCACGGUGUGACUCCUCGCGAUGCCAGCCGCAAAAAAUGAUUCCCGUGGUUCAAUGCAAGUGAACGAUACAGUCUGCGUGUUCUGUAAAUUUAAGAGCGAGUUUGUAUUUAACAGUGUGCAUAGAAAUUAAUAAACUUCCACUUUCUUGCCA